GCGAGGAGGGCGAGGGCCCUGCAGCCCCUAAUGAAGAGAUACAAGUGUCCCUCAAAAUACCCCUUGAGACAGAAGAUCGUUGUCCUCUUCUUGACCCUUUGGUUAGUCUCGCUAUUAAAACUUCUGAACGUUAAAAAAAUUUUAUUCCCUAAAAAGGACAUUUAUUUCGUGGAGCACUCCCUAAGCACCUCCUCUUUAGUUAGAAACAGGUAUGCCUAUGUCAGGAACGACUUCAAAUAUGAAGUGAACUGUUCUUAUGUUUAUGAGCAAGAGCCAGGGGAAAUUGGCAAGACCUUAGAGAUAAGAAAAAAGGACAUCGUUGAUUUAGAUGAUGAAGAUGUCAUUGCGAUGACAAGUGACUGCAAGGUUUAUCAGACCAUAAGAAGAUAUCACCUAAAGCCUGUUUCACCAGAGGAGGAAAGAUUCCCAAUAGCCUAUUCUCUGGUGGUUCACAAAGAAGCAAUUAUGGUUGAACGGCUCAUUCACACGAUAUACAACCAACACAACGUUUAUUGCAUCCACUAUGACCUGAAGUCACCUGACACCUUCAAAUUUGCCAUGGACAAUUUAGCUAAGUGCUUCGCCAACGUUUUCAUUGCGUCCAAAUUAGAGAGAGUGGAAUAUGCUCACAUUUCCAGACUCCAAGCUGACCUCAAUUGCUUGUCAGACCUGAUGAAAUCUUCAGUUCCCUGGAAAUAUGUGAUUAACCUGUGUGGACAAGACUUUCCUUUGAAGUCCAACUUCGAAUUGGUUUCGGAGCUGAAGAAACUCCAAGGGGCCAACAUGCUGGAGACUGUGAAGCCGAGCGAGAGCAAAAAGGAGAGGUUCACUUAUCGCCAUGAACUGAAAAGCGUGCCUUACGAAUACAUGCAGAUGCCUGUAAGAACAAACAUUUCCAAGAAUCCACCGCCACAUAACAUUGAGGUUUUUGUUGGCAGUGCCUACUUCGUUGUAAGUCGAGCAUUCGCCCAAUACGCUGUGAACAGUUCCCUAGCUAAGGACUUUUUCCACUGGUCUAAGGACACCUAUUCCCCAGAUGAACAUUUCUGGGCCACCCUGACCCGCGUCCCAGGAAUCCCUGGGGAGAUUUCCCGAUCAGCCCAGGACAUCACCGAUCUGCAGAGUAAAACCCGUCUCGUCAAAUGGAACUACCUGGAAGACCACCUCUAUCCCCCGUGCACUGGCUCCCACCUCCGCAGUGUGUGUAUCUACGGGGCAGCGGAACUGAGGUGGCUGUUGAAGUACGGUCAUUGGUUUGCCAAUAAAUUCGACUCCAAGGUGGAUCCCAUUAUCAUCAAAUGCCUGGCGGAGAAGCUUGCCCAGCAACAAUGGGAGUGGGUCAGUUUGUCUUCAGAAAAGCUCUUUCUGUUGAGAAGUUCCCUCUCCACAUCCCUUUAAAAGCCUGCCCUGGGCAGGCCCUAAGGGCAUUGGAAAAUCCAAGUUAAUAGAUAAAGAGUCAUAGUAUCAUUAUAAUAAUGAUAGUGUGCUGCGUUCCACCCUGAAGCAGUUGUUCAGGAACAUCCCUCCUCACACCGUGACCUUAAUAUCUUUACUAUUGUUCGCAGAGGUCCGAAGAGGCCCAGGGCUGGUGGGAGAGCUUGGGGGCUCGCUAGCGAAAUACAUAAAAGGCGUCUCAAUCCGAGUUGUGAAGAACAUUCCGUUUGUGAUUGCUUCUGUCACCUUUGCUCUCUGAACCUUGGAAAUGUUAGAAUGAAGGACUACCCCUUGUCUGCUACCUCAAGAGAGUGUGAAAAGAUGUCCAAUUUCUUGCCAAGGCAGUUGGCAUACCAUGUAGUUCGCCAAAUUGGCAGAGGGCAUUGAGCCCCUCUUGGGGGUGUAGUUGAUUGAGGGUUGGGAGCAGGGAGUAUGCGUUCAGGAAGAUUCAUGGGAUUUCACGUGCCACAUUACGCAGUGCGGUAGUCACGGGUCUGGGAUUCUCACUGACCAGUGUUUCUUGAAAACUUAUCCUCAGCUGGAUAAAAUUUUACAUCUGCAGCUCUUCCUAAUGGCCAAAAGCCCCAUUAUCUUGACCAUUGCAGGUAAGAUUUCAUAAUCUUGGGAAGCUAGAAAAGAAUAUCAGCAAACGUUGGAGUCUGGAUAGACUGCAACCCAGCUCAGCCCAAGCGGCCUCUCACCAAUUAUAUUUUUCUAAGAACAUCCAUUUUUAACAAGCACACCAGGCACAAAGACUAAAAAUGGAACUCCAUUUCUCCUGCAGUCAACCCAAAGGUUGGUGUUACCUUAAAUGGCAAAAUAGGCUAGUUUGAUAUUUAUAGAGGUUGAGCCAGAUUUGCAUGUUGGUUUUUUGGGUUUUUUGUUUUUUUUAGUUAAUAGGGCUUGUUUUUUACAAUAUAGUAUCAAGGAAACUCUAGCAGACAGUGGUGUUUUAAAGUGAGAAUUGAUUAAGAUGCCAAGGAGUCAAAACAGGAGGCUUCCAGGAAACACAGUUUAACAAUUCAAGAAACAGUUCCUUCCUCUAUAAUAGAUAUAUACCUAUGGGUUCGGUGCUGUUUCUGUGGGUUGAACUGUCAAGCUAACAGUCACUGUAAAAUUUUCUGGAAAGAGGCAGUAGGUGUGAAAAGUGACAACUUUUCUAAAUUAACUUGAUCAUUUUAAAUUUGCUUUUAGGGAAAGUUUUCCUUGAAACUUACCUCCUAUGGAGCAAUUCAAAUUUUUUAUUACUGUAGAAGUUUCCAACCUCCAGAACUUGCAAAUACCUCCUGCCUCUCCACCCUGCGUCGCAUUACAGAAAAAAAAGAUAUUUUUUCUAAUAUACCAAGUCAUUAGAGUAUAGAAAAUGUCCAGAUUCCACUCCUAAGUACUUUGUAACAUAGGUUACCUUCAAGGGGGGAACUAUUUUUAAUGGUAUUUACUGAGUGUUUACUAUGGGCUAAGGACUGGGAUACAUACAAGACACUGUCCCUCUCCCAUUCUGGGCUCAUAAUCUAAGAGGUGGAGAGAGCAGGUCUCUUAUCUCCGUUGUAUAGAUAAAGAAGCUGAGGCUCAGAGAGAUUAAGUGACUUGCCCAAGGUCACACAGCAAGUCGGUGACUAGAACCCUGGUCUCGUGACUUCCAGUCCCAUGUGCUAGGUCACGCUGCCUCACUGUGAAGCUAAGCAAUUUUACCAUGACUGGGUUAUGCUUGAAGUGA